AUGACUCAUGAAAUCAGUUAUAGUUUAUUUGAUAUAAAAGCAAUUCUUGCCUUCGGGCUAUUCAAAAUAAUUUUCGAAUCGUAUGGCCUUGCGCCGGGCGGCGAUGAUUCAUUCAAAUUUCUGGCCUAUCGACUUUCGAUGGGUUCGAUUCCUGAGGUGAGUCUGAAACGGCUACAUCCAAGGAAGGCAGCAGGCGCAAUCCCGACACGGGAAAAUACAGUGUCUUGUUGCAAUGAUUCCAAAGGUGAAGUCUGA